AUGUUCCGGCGAAGCCCUCUUCUAGGCGCAGCAGCAAUCUACGGGGUAUCAAGGGCAGGCGCAAGGCGUGGAAUGCAGGUCGAGGUGGAACGACAGCAGGCAAUGGAGUACGAAUUUCAGCGGCGACAGGCUGCACAGGAGGCUCAGAGGAGGGAGGAAGAAAGGCGACGAGAGGAGGAGGAUAAAAGGCAAGAAAAGGAAUUACAAAGGGAGAAAGAGCGCAUUAAGAUGGAGGUCGAGCUUGAAGAAAGAGAAAAGGCAAGAGCAAAAGCUGAACAACAGUACGGCCAACAACCAGGAGGCGGUCUGCCUGCGUAUGGGGGGGUCGAUGUAUUGUUCUGUUCCAAAUGCGGGAACCAGUGCAAGGUCGGUGACAAGUUUUGCAGUGGAUGCGGGAUACAAUUACCCCCAAUAAAGCAAAUGUAA